CGCUCUCCUCUCCUCUCCUCUCCUCCGUAGAGGAAGAAGCGCCGCGCAUCAAAACCCUCCUCCUCCUGCACCCGCGCAAGAAACCAAAGUUGUUUAGUCCUGGAUUGGUGUGAUCCAUCAUCCGUGAAUCUUCUGUUGUCGCAUCGAGUUAUCCCAGUGAUUAGGGAGUUCCUGUGUUCUUGAGAAGGAUUCUGGUUGAUUGAUUGGUAGUGAUACGAUAUUCAUUGCAAAAGAAGAGUAGAAGAAGUAACAGCAGCAGCAAGAAUGCGGGGGAGACAACGGAGAGCUCGGGAAGCCGCUGACCCUGCGCCUGAAUCGUUCACCAUCGAUGAGGAGGUCUCCCAUCUCACCAGGAUUAGAUCAGAGCCAAGUCAAAGGAUUCUUGGUGCUUUUCACGCCGGUCGGAAGAGGACCUUGUCGACAUUCGAGCUGUUGUCCGGGAGGGAGUUUGGCCGCUCGGGUGCUGGUGGAUUCUCAGCAGCAGAUUGCGCUUAUGUUGGCCGGAAACACCUGCCCACAAAAGGACCUUGGUGUGUGGAUGACAUGACUAGCGAGGCAUAUGUGUCGCAGUUCUCUAGUGAUGGUUCGCUGCUUGUUGCUGGAUUUCGGGGAAGCCGCAUCAGAGUUUACGAUGCUGAUAAUGGGUGGAAGGUUCAUAAGGAUAUAAGCUGCCAAAGCUUGCAGUGGACAGUUUCAGAUAUUGCUCUUUCACCUGAUCAGCAAUUUCUCGCCUAUUCCAGUUUAUCUCCUAUUGUUCACAUUGUGAAUGUGCAGAGUGGUGGAAAGGAAUCACAAGCUAAUGUUACGGAAAUUCAUGAUGGUUUGAAUUUCUCUAAUGCUGAUGAUGAUGAUGACUAUCCUUUUGGAAUAUUUUCUGUGAAGUUUUCAAAGGAUGGUCAAGAAGUUGUUGUUGGAAACAACGAUAGAUCUAUACAUGUUUAUGAUCUUAGAGCAAAUAAAGUAUCCGUUCGCAUCCGAGCCCAUGCGGCUGAUGUCAAUGCGGUUACCUUCGCUGAUGAAAGUGGUAAUGUAUUGUACUCUGGAAGUGAUGAUAAUCUCUGUAAGGUGUGGGACAGGCGUUGCCUUGCAAGAGAAAAACCAGCAGGUGUUUUGACAGGCCAUUUAGAUGGGAUUACAUUUAUUGAUAGCCGUGGCGAUGGGCGUUAUUUCAUAUCCAACUGCAAGGACCAGACUAUCAAACUUUGGGAUGUGAGGAAAAUGUCUGCUUCUAUUAAAGGCCGUCAGCAGAGAUUAUUUGACUGGGACUACAGAUGGAUGUCAUUCCCAUCAGAAGCCCGACAUUAUAGGCAUCCAAAUGAUCAGUCUCUGGCCACAUACAGAGGCCAUUCAGUUCUGCGGACACUUAUCCGUUGCUACUUCUCCCCAAUGUACAGCACGGGUCAGAGGUACAUAUACACAGGAUCCAGCGAUGAGUCUGUCUACAUCUAUGAUGUGGUAACCGGGGAUAUCGUGGAGAGGCUUUCGUGGCACGGAUCGAUCAUCAGGGACUGUACCUGGCAUCCUUACAGCCCAACGCUCGUCAGCUCGUCCUGGGACGGCUACCUGGCACGGUGGGAGGUUUCAGGCGACGAAGGUGACCCUUGGCUGCUCACGGACAAUGACCAAAGGACGAGUCCUCCCCGUCAGUCCUACACAAGGCACCUUCUCUUGUAGACAAGCCCUUGAAUCUUGAUUGGUGGUAGCCUGACAUGAUGGCAUUUGGAUGCUGCUGAUGAUAUUGCUGCGUGCUGACUGUGAGGCUGCAAUGAGUUUGUGAUGGUGUUGGGUUUGUUGCAUUC